AUGACGACCGAUUUGCAGAGGGCAGCUUUUGAGGCGGAUGAAAGGGGGAGUGGUAGUGGCAGUGGGAGGAGCUACGGUGGAAUGGCAGCAAACAAUCACCAGCAACAGCAGCAGCAGCAGCAUCAGAUCCAGCAUCAAAAUCAGCAGCAGCAGGAGGAACGGCAUCGCCAACGCAAUCACAAUCACAAUCACAAUCAAUUUGCACAGGGCCAGAGUCACCGGCAGCCAUAUCCCGCCGCCACUUCACCGAGCAACCCAUUUUCAUCCGGGAUUCCCCCGUCCUCCUCCUCCUGGCGUUUCCACGGCCAGGAUCUGGUCGCCUCGAUUCGUGGACAUUAUCCUCUCCAGUGGAUGAUGGCGGUAAAGAGGGGAAAGGAGGGAGUGGUGGGCGAUCUAAGCCGCUGCCACGCCCUCGUCCUUCUGUCUGCGGUUUGA